AUGGCCGGGAUAGCUGGCAGCUUGCUUGGUAACAUGACCAAAGCAGGUGAGUCACCAGCCACAAGCUUCGUGGCUCUUAUGAUCCUGACAUCUGCUUCACUCCUCUGGUGCCUCUUCUCCCUGUCCGGCUACUCCCGUCGCCACUUUCCCUACAAAGUCACUAUCGUCACCGACCUAAUUUUCAUCAUUGCGUUUGGUGUUUUCUCGGUCCUCCUCGGCCUUCCCAUGCACGAUGGCGGUACAAAGUGCCCUCGAGUCAAAGCAGAGGGUGGCUUUGUCCUCCGAGCCGGCCCAUUGGGGGUCCUGAAUUUCUCUAGCGAACCAAACGGUCGUGUGUCAUGCACGAAAAUCUAUCUUCUCUGGGUCCUUAUGCUGAUUGACUGCGCGUCUUUCGUCCUAAGCGCUGCCUCGGUCGGGGUUAUCGCGUCUAAGGAGACGCAGUCCAACAAAGCACUAUGGUGCGCAAGGGCAAUGAGUGGUCCAGUGGGUGACGGUGACUAUCAUCGCCGUCCGUCCGAGAUCUCUGUGGCGGGAUUGGAGGAGGUUGUUUCUGGAGCCGAGCAGCAGUUCCGGCCACGGCCGAAUAUGCACGUCAGAAAACGAAGUCUAGAUUCCGGGAACGUAGCUCAUGACGAUGGCAGGAGCGGCGGUGGUACCUACCACCAAGCGGACACAGUAUCUGGAAACCCAUAUCGGGUCGACACGACAAGUACCUCUAGACUCGGUACGGGCCCAAGCCGGUACGACUGCGCCCCAAGAGUCGACAGCUCGCUUGGUUCCGGUUCCGGCCACGAAGCGACUUCAGGACGCUCACUUGACAAUACAGGACGCGGCGGGGGCGGGGGCGCAUGGACAUCGUCAAGUCGGGAAGGAGCAGCAGAAUCAGGGGAGCAGCAGAGUCCCAGCCAGGACCAGCAACAACAAUGCCGAGCAGAAGGACUUGCAAACAAUCGGGAACUUACCACCAAGCCACCACCCAAGCCAAUUCCCAUUGCCGUUCUCCAAACGCGCAGUGACGCUCUGGACCAGUUGGAAGGCCGAUCAUCGGCAUCCAUUGAUUUGGCUGAUGCUCCUUAUUACCGAGACCUGUAUGCUUACUUCGCUCAACCAAGGAACCCUUCCGGCCCCGGCCCCGGCGCCGUACCCGAUAGUCACAGCCGGGCAACACCUUUCACCAACAGCAACCGGUACAAUUCACAAGAGCAAACACACAGGAAGUGGAAAAAACAACGCCCCUCCGGGUUUUUAUUCCUACCCAGCUCCGACAUUCCGUCCAGCCCGAUCCAGCAUCCCCGUUCCGGUUCCGAUCCUGAUUCUGUAUCGACGGUCAAAUCCAACAUCUACACCUCCAACCACCACUCGAAAAGCACCCCCAUCCACCCAACAACCCAAGCACGAACCCAAACACAAACGCAAACACCCAGACAAAACGACUCCUACACCUCCUCCGUCUACUCUAGCCCCUCCAUCUACGACGACACCCGGCUCGACCAUCGUGACAUUCCCUCGCCCGUUGGUCUAGACCCUCCACCUCGCUCUUCUUCAGGCGCCGUCGGGUUGAAGUACAGCCUACCGCCGAGACCAAGGACAACUUUGCGACUGGUGGACCAAGAGACUUUGAAUAGGUUGGAGGGGAUAAACGAGGAGAGGGAGGAGGUUGGGAGUGCCAUUGUGCACAUGGACGGGGGGCAUGGGGAUGCGGUUAUAGAGUUGAAGGAGAUUCCUAUUUCACCUGCUGUAUCGCCGGGUAGGAGGGCACUGGGGACACAGCUAGAGGGGCGAACAGAGUGGCAGCCCGAAGUGCCGACAGAGAGAAAACAACAGGUGUGGGAAUGGGAGUGGGGGCAACGAUCGAAACAAGAAGAAGAAGAAGAGACACGGGGUGCCGGAGAGGCUUCUGGAAAGGCUAGAGGGGCAAGGAUUACACGAUGGCCUGCUGCUGUCUGGGGUGCUGGUUUAGGUUCAGUACAUGGACGACGCGAUGAUGGUGAUGAUGAGCAGUGCAAUACAAGUAGUAAGCAUCGUGGCGGCGUUUUCAAAGCUAGGUCAACCAGGUUGUUCUCGACUAUUGGAGCUUGGUUGAAUGGUAUUGAUGAUGAUGGUAUUAGGAAUGAUGGGACUCGCCAGCGGGAUGGCUACGAACUCCGGUCGGAGAAUGGAAGAGGAGGUCACCCGUGGGAUAUGGUUUAGACACAGGGCACUGGUGAUCUGAAGGUAGACAAACGGAGAGAGUGAAUAGCUAGCGCAUGCUCUUUGUACACUAAUACAUGGCC